AUGGUAGGCGAUUCAAUGCGAAGCAACCGCUGCCAAGUCGAUCACGAGAUCAUAAACCAGACAAAAGUUCCUCAAGUCAAACUGUCCUCGGUCCGAUGUAUACCUUCUUGUGGCUUUGAUACGUUCCCGAACCCCGAGGCCUUGAAGUCGGCCCCUAGAACCGUCGAAUGCCGGGAUUUGGAGGCUUUGACUGCACUGACUCGUCUUUAUAUUGAUUGGGACUGGUUACUGGGUCCUAGAAACUGCAAAGGCAAAGAAGACCUCAACAGGAAGGAUUAUGACAAGAAAUGGACAUCCAUGAAGGAUCGUGGUAAGAGAUGGGCAUUCAUAGUUGACUGGAGUGUUUUCGUUAACCUCAUUAGCUCCGCUAUCAUGGUCUUUGGAACCUAG